AAGUACAAAUACUUCGUUACCUUACUUAAGUAGAUAUUUUGGUUAUCUAUACUUUACUGGAGUAAUUAUUUUUUGGACCACUUUUUACUUCUACUCCUUACAUUUUCAUGUAAUUAUCUGUACUUUCUACUCCUUACAUUUUAAAAAUUGCCUCGUUACUUCAUUUCGACUUGUUUUUAUUCCGGCUAUCCAGAUAAAAUCCGCCAUCCGAAUAGAAUUAAUUUAAUUGUGGUUGGAUGAGAAGUCUCAACGUGACACCAUUCCUAUACCCCAUUGGUUUCAAAGCGAUGCAACGCGCUUGCGCAUUACACACCCGCACACCGGAGCAGAAUGUAGAAGCGUUAAUACAGUAAAUGGUGGAAGAGAAAAUGUCCAUGGCGGCAGACGAGGAGCUUUCCCAACCAAGCACCAGUGAGGAGGGUGCAGGCAAGGAAGACCAACCAACCCUUGUUCAUCCCUGGCCUUAUCUGGAGGAUUUUUUUGAUAUAACAGGAUGCAAAAACAACUCUUUUCGCAUGCAAUGCAAACUGUGCGCACCGAAGUACCACGAGCUAAUGGCUUUCAAAAACUCACCAUCAAAUUUAAAGAAGCAUAUUGAGAAGAAACACCCUACUCAUCUGGAGAGGUACAAGCAACUCACUUCAGCAUCCCUCAAAAGGAAGACAUCAGCUGAAGAUUCUUUGGCCCCACCCUCCAAACAAACCAAGCUGUGGGAGACUCGUAAAGUUUCCCAGGCAAGUGUGGACAAAUUAGUUCUCAAAUUCAUUGUCCAAGGCUUGCACCCACCGCACAUUGUUCAGCAACAGGGCUUCAUUGAUCUUGUGAAACAUCUUCAGCCAAAUACAAAUGUCAUGACACGCAAUACUGUUGUCAACAAAGUCACAAAUGCCGCUGUUGAAAUGAAAAGCAAACUGAAAGCGGCCCUUAGUGAAAUUGAGUUCAUAGCAACAACAACAGACUGCUGGACAGCACACUGUCGCAGUUUCAUUGGUGUCACAGCGCACUGGUUUAACUCCCAGACCAUGCAGAGAUUCUGUGCUGCCCUGGGAUGCAAGCAACUUAAAGGGUCACACACAUUUUCUGCACUGGCUAGUGCCCUAAAUGAAAUUCACACAGAAUUCAAUAUCAGAGACAAGAUCAUUCGCACUACAACUGACAAUGGAUCGAACUUCCUGAAAGCCUUCAGAGUUUAUGGGAAGACUGACAAGAACAACAAUCCUGAACCUGUAGGAGAGCGUGCUGAAGAAGAGGACGAUGGUGGCCAAAAUGAUGAUACUGAUGAAGAAGAAGAAAGCAUUGAGGGUGUUGAAUUUGUUGAUACUGGAGCCCUUUUGGACAAAGAUGACUACUUGGAAUAUCAACUACCCAAGCACCAUCGCUGCGCCUGCCACCUCCUCAAUCUGGUGUCCACAGUUGAUGCUUCAAAAGCAGAGGACAACCCAUUGUACAAGCGCAUAUCAAGGUCCACAUUUGCCAAAUGCUCUAGCCUGUGGAACAAAAGUUCAAGAACAACCAUCGCAUCUGAAGUGAUUAAAGACCACUGCACACUCCAACUGAUAAGGCCUGUUGCUACAAGGUGGAAUUCAUUCUUCUCCGCUGCGGAAAGAAUUGUGAGAAUAACAAGAGAACAAGGUGAAGGAGCACUUGCAGCUGUCUGCAGUAAGCUGGAUAUACAAAAGUUUACUCCAGUGGAACUUGCAUUUCUUGCAGAAUAUGUGAAGACAAUGAGCCCAGUGGCCAAGGCAGUGGAUGUUCUUCAGGGAGAAACCAGUGUGCAGAUGGGAUGGCUGCUCCCCACCAUAACUCUACUAAAGACCAAGCUCCAGAACCUUCAGGUCACCUCCAAGUUUUGUGAGCCUUUGAUUGCUGCACUUCUUUCUGGCAUUGAAAAACGCUUCGGAGAAAUGCUUGCAGAUCCAGAGCUGAUAGCCGCAGCCAUUCUGGUUCCCAAAUUUAAAACCUGCUGGACAAAUGAUGAAAACAUCUUGAAACUUGGCCUUGACUACAUAAAAAGCCACUUGAGCUGUCAGGAAAGGAAUCCUGUCUCUGAGGGCUCCCUGUCAUCUGAGGAAGAGGACUUCUUUUCCUCCUUAAAGAAGACUGGCCCCCUUGAAAAGACCCAGCAGCUGGAUGCAUACCUGGGGUGCCCAGGAGACAUGACAGAGGUGAUGAAGUCCUUCCCAGCUGUGUGCCACCUAUCACUGAAGCUUAAUACGGCACUCCCUGCCUCAGCAGCCUGUGAAAGACUGUUCAGUGUUGCAGGGCUGAUCUUCAGGCCAAGAAGAGCGUGCAUUGGCUCAGUAAACUUUGAGAACCAGCUACUUUUGCGGCUGAACAAAGACUAUUGGUAACUCUUUGUUGCUUGUCCUUUCCUUGACUGAUGUCAGUCUUUAUGUUAAAAGUGCCUGUUACAUCUCCUUAAAUUUGAAUCGUUGCGAUUACCUACAGAAAUGGGCAUGACCAAGAAUGUGGCACAAUAAAGGUUAAUUGAUAAUAUGCGUCUGAUGACUUACUAUUUGCACCAUUCCAACAACUAGUCAUCAUAUUUGCUGCUCCAUGAAACACGUGUUAAUUGUCAGUAGUACACACACGAUUCUGUAAUAUAUAUUUACUAAAAUGCAUUCCUUUUCAAUGGACAUAUAUGAGGUGGAAACAGAUAGCCUAUUCUAGUGCAUUCCAAAUUUUUCAACAUUAGUCGUUAUAACCUUUUAGAAAAUGUGUUUUAUGAUUGCACUCUAGCCAUUUUUUCCCUCACAUUACUUUUACUUUUAUACUUUUAAGUAGUUUUAAAAUCAGUACUUUUGUACUUGAGUAAAAAGCUGGAGUUGAUACUUCAACUUCUACAAAAGUCUUUUUGAACGUUAUUAUCUAUACUUCUACUUAAGUAAUGAAUGCAAAUACUUUUGACACCUUUGUAUCUUGCACAGUUCCAGGGAAAGGUUGUAUUACAGGUCAUUAUAUAACCCCCAACUGAAAUACAAGGCGUCAAUAUACCUUUACCCAGGAACUGUUCCUGUCUACAUGUUAUAACAAGCCCAGCUUUUACAGGAAGACUGUAUGAAGGAUUUUAGCUCACCGGAUCACUGUCAAAAGAGGAGACUAACAUCUGCACGCUCUAUCGUCUUCAUCUGUUCAAUGCAGUAAUUCCGUGUUACCUUCUGGUAAGUACUGAAAUCUAAACUUUUUUUGCGUUGUUUUUAGUUAGCCCUGCAAAGAGCUUGCACUGCAGUUUUUAAUUUUUAAUUAUCUUUUUUUUUUUUUUUUACCAACUUUGCAGUAUGAAAGCGGAAUUGUAUUGGCAUUUUGAGUCGUGUUUUGCAGUACUUCUAAAGUAUAUGUCCUCCAUAGCCAGUAACAUGACAACAAAUUAAGACACGAAAAUAGAGAAAGUUCAAGUUUUAGUUCAGGUACAAAUAUGGACAGAAAUAUGCUCCAAAUGCAGCUACGACUUUUCGGCACAUUUACUAAUUUGUUUACGCAGAGUUAGAUAUGAAGACUGAUUCUUGCACACAAGCCUUAUAUAACCACUCGCUCUAAUUUUUACACUUUUUCUCAUGAUAUAAAUACAUGAAAUAUAACAUGCAAUAUAACAUUAGCACACCUCAGAGGUAAUGGAAGGUGGAUUUUAUUACCUUUGGACAAAGUCAAACUAACUGUUUUCCCUGUGUUUCCAGUCAGCUUGACAUAAUAUUUCUAUACAAUUUGUAUUUAGAUACAGUAUAUGUAUUUGGCAGAUGCUUUUGUUCAAAGCAAUGUGCAUAAAUGGGGCACAAUCUAACCCACAGCAAAUACUCAGGUGCAUGUAUUUCUCAUAAUGGUGAACUGUAGUUUUCACUAUUUGCUCAGUAAAAUACUAAGGUCUGAUACACAUUUUUCAGUACAUUUCUCUUCUUUGUCUUCUGAAAUUUUCAGGCACGGCAGAUCGGCUGAAAAUAAGCAGCAGUGGAAAAAACUGAAAAAAAUGGCCUUGGUGACUGGAACCCCCACAGUGGUGAAUGAAACUUCAACACAUUGUCCAUCCGCCCGAGAAGAUGCAGGGACAGGUUUCCUGCCAGUGAUCAUGAUAAUCGAGAUCAUUGUAGGCCUGCCAGGAAACAUAAUAGCCUUGUGGAUUUUCUUAUUUCGCAUGAAGUUCUGGAAGCCCCACAUAAUCUUUCUCUUAAACCUGGUUCUGGCUGACCUCCUGCUCCUCAUUAGUGUGCCCUUCCGCAUCCACACCCACAUGCAAGGGGAGUACUGGGUGUUUGGAGAGGUCUGGUGCCGCAUCAACCUCUUCAUGCUGGCUGUGAAUCGUUCUUCCAGUAUUGCAUUCAUGACAGUCGUGGCACUGGAUCGGUAUUUUAAAGUGAUCCAUCCACAUCAUUGGAUCAGCAAAAUGACUAUGACUCACGCGGCCUGGCUCGCAGGCCUGACGUGGGUUGCUGUGAUUGCCCUUCGGAUUCCGUUGCUGACCACCAACCUCCUCCACCAGGAUGGCAACAUCUCCCAGUGUCGUAGUUUCAACUUCUACAAAGUAAUUCCCCCUGAGGUAAUGGUGCAUUAUGUGGCCUUUGUUGCAGAGUUCUUCCUGCCCUGGUUCUUGUUACUAUUUUCCUCAGCCAGAAUCGCCUGCUAUCUGAACCAACAAAAGCAAAAGGAGAUGCAAAAGAGGGUCCGGAGGGCCAUUCGAGCAGUAGCAGUGAUCAGUUUAGUGUUCACUGUCUGCUUCAUGCCAAGUGUCAUCACAGGCCUGGUGGGGUUGUCCAUCAAAUACCUCUAUCCUACGGAAUGCGAGAUUUACCAGCGGUCCACUCAGCUCUUCAUGACAUGCAUCAGCUUCACCUACCUCAACAGUGCUUCGGACCCCUUCAUCUACUUUUACUCCAGCUCCAUGUUCCGUAACAUUCUCAGGAGAUCCAACUGCUUCAAAAAGGAUGUCAGCCAAGUCCAUAAAUGCUGAGAAAGAAAGACAAUGAAAUAUUAUCAAUUUUGAAUGGACAGACUGACAAAUUGGAGAUUCUCUGAACUGUGGAAUGUUGGAUGCACUGAAAUACAUAGGCUCAGACACUCAAACAGAGCUAGAGCGAAAGACUGUAAUGGUGGUACUGAAAAUCUGUCCUGGGAAAUUUGUCCUGCAGUUGUUCAUGUAUUGACAUAUACAGCAGAACAAAGUAUCAACUAUUUUCUACAAGGCAUGAUGUAAAUACACAUACAAAAUAGCUGACAUUAUCAUGUACUUGUGGCACUCUGGAUUCUUUUAAACUAAAGCAACACUGGAGAGAUUUUGAAGCAUAGUAAAAAUUAGGUUGUAUUCUUUCAGCUCUUCAGUUUCCUGUUAUAUUUGAGAUGACUCGGUAAUUAUUUUGGAUAAAGUGUCUCCUAUUAAAGGUUUCGAACUAACUUCUCCAGCUGGUUAAAUGUUUGAAUUGUGUGUAUUGAUAUAUAGAUAGCCUGAUUUUGUAUGCAACAAGAGAACACAGUGUAUCAGAAGAGCUGUUGGAUGGAUUCAAUAGUAAUAUUUCAAUACAAUGAUGAAAUAUAGACACAAUAAAAUCU